AUGUCAGAUUUCUUUGGGAAGAAACUCGCCGUUGUUGAAGAAGAAAAUUCCAACUUAUACAAUUUUGACAAGACAAAGAUACACGAGGCAGAUACUUUUGGUUUACCAUAUGAUUACAAUUCGAUCAUGCACUAUCAGAGAACGUCAUUUAAUAAAAAUGGAAAGGACACGAUACAUGCGAAAAAUGAUCCUGAUUUACGGCUUGGUGGAACUGUAUUGAGCAAAUGUGACGUCAUGAAGCUAAACUUGAUGUGUCAUUGCCAUGGCAAGUAUUUUUGCAGUCUCUUUUUUGAACCAGUGGAUGGAUUUUGGGGAAGCUGGUCUUCGUGGUCUGCGUGCUCAAAGUCAUGUGAUAAAGGGACAAGGACAAGAUCUCGCCAGUGCAAUUCACCGAGACCUGCAAAUGGCGGCAAAAAAUGCAAGGGUGCAGUAACAGAUACAGAGAAGUGCAUGAGACGAACGUGCACGGCUAAUAAGAAUUACACAAAUUUUGAUAAUGGCUUUGGAGUUUGGACCAAUGUUCAAGGAAGAAAUGACCCUUUGAAUUGGCAGCGUGGUCGUGGAAAAACAUCGCAGUAUUCUGGACCGCAAUCUGACCAUACGGAUGGGAAUGGUUGGUAUCUUUAUGUCUCAACUGCCAGCUACACAAGUCACAAGAAAAGGGCAGGAUUAAUAAGUGAAUAUCUUUCUGGCAAAAAGUGCAUAUCUCUGGCAUAUUGCAUGCGUGGUAAAAACAUGGGAAGGCUUGAUUUUUCGUUGCAAACAUCGAGUGGACAGUGGUUCAAUUUUCCAUUUACUAAAAAGGGUCACCAAGGGAAUGGUUGGCACCAUGCCGAGUUUUCGCUAGUAAAUCAAGCGUUCACAAAAACUUCAUAUCGGUUCUUAAUCGAAGCAACUACUGGUAUUGGCCCAUAUUCAGACAUUGCCAUUGAUGACAUUCUGAUAGAAAACGGUGCAUGUGGUGCUGGUCAAGAGAAUGUGAACGCCAAAAAGCCUAAACCUGGUGUUGCUGCUGUGAUCAGUGAAGGCUGCAAGAAUAAAAAUAAAAAUUGCAUUCUAUGGGCGAAGUCUGGUGAAUGUCAUCUGAAUCAAGAAUACAUGCUGAGUCUUGCUGCCUAGCAUGUCGGAGUAAGUAAUUACAAAUAUUCAUCUGAUAUCAACAGAAUUACAAGGCAUGUCAAACAACUGAAUUUAUUUUGAUCUAAGGAUGCAGAAAGAUAGAAGCCAGUCAAGGAAAUAGUUAAAGGGUAGAACAUUGAUUUAUGCUAACAGACAGCUCUGUUGAUUCCGUAUUCUUAAUGACCUAUUUUAGAGCCACCUUUGCUGGCAUAAUAGCUUUAAAUGAAUCUAUAAUUAAACUCAACUUAUAAGCAUGCAUGUUCAAUUGAAAUUUCAUAUGGCUUAAAGUCUAUGUGUUUUUAGUAUUAGGCAGUAUCUUGGUAACAGCUUGCUGAUG